GCAGAAGAAGAGCAUAGCGGGCAUUCAUAGGUAGUAGGGGCGGACACGCGUUGCCCUUCAUCAUUCCAGCACAAUUUUAUACUGUUCCGGGCCUGUUGUAUUAUUUUAUCCUACUGGAUUGAGAGAUAUAGCAAACUGCUGUGAAAAUGGCGCAGCCUGACAGCAAGAAGAUCUUUUUUGAGAACCUGUCGGGUGCGGGUAAAGCCAUCGCGGUGCUGACAAGCGGAGGAGAUGCUCAAGGGAUGAAUGCUGCUGUACGUGCUGUAGUUCGAAUGGGUUUAUAUGUUGGAGCUAAAGUUUAUUUCAUUCAUGAGGGUUAUCAGGGUAUGGUGGACGGAGGAGAGAACAUAAGGGAAGCCACAUGGGAAAGUGUCUCCAGCAUGCUACAAAUAGGUGGGACUGUUAUCGGAAGUGCUCGCUGUAAAGAGUUUCGCACCCAUGAGGGACGCCUGAAGGCAGCUCACAACCUGGUGCAGCAUGGCAUCACCAACCUGUGUGUGAUCGGUGGAGAUGGAAGUCUGACAGGAGCCAACCUCUUCAGGGAGGAGUGGAGUGGGCUACUGGGGGAACUGGUGGAGAAAGGCUUAAUCGAAGCUGAUGCCGUUCAGAAGUAUUCUGCCCUUCACAUCGUGGGGAUGGUUGGCUCCAUUGAUAACGACUUCUGUGGAACUGACAUGACAAUCGGUACUGACUCUGCUCUGCACAGAAUCAUCGAAGUGGUGGACGCAAUCAUGACAACUGCACAGAGCCACCAGAGAACAUUUGUGUUAGAGGUCAUGGGCAGACAUUGUGGCUACCUGGCCUUGGUGAGCGCCUUGGCCUGUGGGGCAGACUGGGUGUUGAUCCCUGAGAUGCCCCCAGAGGACGGCUGGGAGGACAAGAUGUGUCAGAAACUGUCUGCGAACCGAGCAGGGAUGAAAAGGCUGAAUAUCAUAAUUGUAGCCGAAGGGGCGAUUGAUCGUAACAACAAACCCAUAACUACUGACUAUGUCAAGAAUCUCGUCGUCAAAUGCUUGGGUUUUGACACACGAGUGACAAUCCUGGGACAUGUGCAGAGAGGAGGGACCCCUUCUGCUUUUGACCGCAUCCUGGCCAGUCGUAUGGGUGUGGAGGCUGUCCUUGCUCUUCUGGAGACCACAGCCAACACGCCAGCCUGUGUCGUCUCCCUGUAUGGGAACCAAUCGGUGCGGCUGCCUCUGAUGGAGUGCGUACAGAUGACUCAAGAGGUCCAGAAAGCCAUGGAUGAGAAACGGUUUGAAGAUGCUGUAAAGCUUCGGGGCAGGAGUUUUGAAAACAACCUGAAGACAUACAAACUGCUGGCUCAUCGUAAACCAGAGUCUGAGCUGCCGACUAGCAACUUCAACGUGGCUGUGUUGAACGUCGGCGCCCCUGCUGCGGGGAUGAAUGCUGCCGUUCGAUCAGCCGUCAGGGUGGGAAUCUCUGAGGGGCACAAGAUGUUUGCUGUCAGCGAUGGGUUUGAGGGAUUCUACAAAGGGCAGAUAAAGGAGAUUAAGUGGGCUGAUGUUGGAGGAUGGACAGGACAAGGUGGAUCUCUGUUGGGAACCAAAAGAACACUUCCUGCAAAGCAUGUUGAGAAAAUUGCUGAGCAGAUGAGAAAGCACAACAUUAAUGCACUGCUAGUUAUUGGUGGAUUUGAGGCAUUAGAGAGUCUGCUGCAGCUGUAUGAGGCUCGUGCUACCUAUGAAGAGCUUUGCAUCCCGAUGUGUAUGCUGCCUGCCACCAUAAGUAACAAUGUGCCGGGCACAGAUCUAAGUAUCGGGGCUGACACGGCCCUCAAUGCCAUCGUAGAGACCUGUGACCGCAUUAAGCAGUCCGCCAGCGGGACAAAGAGACGUGUGUUCAUCAUUGAGACGAUGGGAGGGUACUGUGGAUACCUGGCCAGUGUGGGAGGACUCGCAGCUGGAGCUGACGCUGCGUACAUCUAUGAGGAGUCAUUUGACAUCAGAGACCUGCAGGCAAAUGUUGAACACUUGACAGAGAAAAUGAAGACCAGCAUUCAAAGAGGUCUUGUUCUGAGGAAUGAAAACAGUAAUGAAAACUACACCACAGACUUUAUCUACCAGCUGUACUCUGAAGAGGGGAGGGGAGUGUUUGACUGCAGGAAGAACGUGCUGGGACACAUGCAGCAGGGAGGAGCACCAUCUCCAUUUGACCGUAACUUUGGGACCAAGAUCUCAGCCAAAGCGAUGCAGUGGGUGACCAAGAAGCUGACUGAGACGUUCAGGCAGGAUGAAGGUCGUGUGUUUGCGAACACCGAGGACUCCUGUUGUCUGCUGGGGAUGCGCCGCCGAGCUCUCGUCUUCCAGCCUGUCGUGCAACUAAAAGAGCAGACUGAUUUUGUUCACAGGAUCCCCAAGGAACAGUGGUGGCUGAAGUUGCGUCCUCUCAUGAAGAUCCUGGCGAAAUACAAGACCAGCUACGACGUGUCAGACUCUGGACAACUGGAGCAUGUUGUACACAGCCGGCCCAAAGAGUCAGAUGCUUCAGUAGCCAUGUAAAGGCCGUUGCAUAUGGUGGCCUGUAAAGUCCAGUCUGUGUGUAAAACUGAAGGUCUGUGAGGCGCCAACCUGAGCUCCAGUAACAACAAUCUGUGUUCACUCUCUAUCGUGUCUUCUCCUUCAGCGCCACUCCUCUUUGUUUUGUCUGACAGAAUCAUGACCAUAACGUAGCCUCUGCAGUGUUUCCAAUAUCAAACACACAAACACAUCCUCUCUGUGUGUCCUUGUCGCCCUGGAUGUUUUAGUGUCACUGUUGUUUUUAAAAUUGCACUUUUCUCUGUCUCUGGUUGCUUAGGCGAGCUCUGAGCUCAGAGCUGCACGAGGACAGAAUAGACACUGCAUCUGCUGUAAAACCAGUGUGUGUUUCUGCCUAGAACCAGUGUGAGGUUCAGCAUAUUUAUGUGAGACUGAUGCAAUACAGUUCUACUGCUGCUGUGCUUUACACGGAAACUAAUAUUUAUCUUUUUAACUUUGUUUAUUUUGCUUGUAAACAUGGAUAUAUUAUAAUUAAGUGUAGGCACUGCUGUACUAAGUAGCUGUCUGUCAUAUUGCACCAACAUGUUAGAUGUCUAAGAGACUUAUGUUUCCCACAGAAUAAAACCAAACUUGAGAAGUGUAC